AUGAUCAAUCAGAGGGAGGGCGACCUGAUUGCUCUGUCAUCUUGCUUUUCACAUAAAGAUCGCGAUUGUGAGCCUCGAGGCAAAUUUUCCCUCUUCGGACUGACGGAGCCGGUUGUGAAAAGCCUUCAACAUACACUCGAGCAUGGAGCCACUUUGGCCAUUUUCACUGGAACACUUUGCUGUUCGUCUUGGACGUGUCCGGGCCACUUCUGUCGUCUUCACGCGACAACAUUGCAGUCCAUUUGGGUUUGA